UCCCCGAUAUGUUGAUUUAUUUUUUAAUUGAAUGUCUAUGACCCUAAGGAGUAAGUCAAUUGGAUGUGAUGAGCAGACGAGGUGGAGGCCGUAGGGAAAGAGGGGACGAUGGCUGGGAAGGAUGGGGAGGCUAUAUGAAUGCAAAGCGCCAGAAGCUGCAGGAUCAGUAUGUUGUAUCAGCCCCAGACCAAAAGGAAGGCACAGAACGGCCCAAUAUCUUUGCCGGAGUGGCUGUAUAUGUCAAUGGAUACACAAAACCAUCGUCAGACGAGCUGAAGCGACUCAUAAUAUUGCAUGGAGGGAGGUACGAGCAUUACCUGUAUCGUACACGUGUCACCCAUGUUAUCGCCACAAAUCUCCCCGACAGCAAAGUAAAGGAUUUGAAGGGGCUAAAGGUUGUUAGGCCUGAGUGGAUUACUGAUAGCAUUGCAGCGGGAAAGUUGCUCUCCUUCACAAGGUACCAACUCUACACUGCACAGUCUGGCUUGCAGAAAGGUUUACAGACAAUUACUGUUCAACAGCAGGAUAAUCAGGCAACAAAUGUAAACCAGUCUCUGGAAAUGAAUAAUUCUAAGAUUGGGGAUAAAAGAAGUUUGAUGGAAAAAAAGACAUCUUCAAUUGAUAGCGGAAUUGAAUCAUAUGAUUGUGUUACGUCAGUUGACAGUAUUCAAAGUCUUGGGAGUAGUAAGUCAACAGAUAGUGGAAUUAGUCAAAUGUCAGACUCCAGGUCAAAUAGCAAUAAUAAAGCAAAAGAAACUGUUAAAUCACCACCUCAGAAUUUAAGGUCAAACAGCACAAAUGUGCCAAAACAGACUGUUAAGUCACCAGCCUUUGCUGGUAAUCCAAAAUUUCUGAAUGAGUAUUACAGUAAUUCUCGUCUUCAUUAUCUUUCCACAUGGAAGUCAGAAUUCAAAGAUUAUGUGAAUGAAAUUCAAAACAAAGAGGCCAAUCUCCUUGGUAGAGAGAAGCUUAGAAAUUUUGUACAGUCAAGGGAGAUAACUGCUGGUGAAGAUUACUCAAGGGAGACAACAAGAGAAUACUUGUCAGCCUGGAAGAGAGGAAAGCGGGAGAGAUGUGUGAUGCACAUAGACAUGGACUGUUUCUUUGUUUCUGUGGGGCUUAGAAAGAGACCAGAUUUGAAAGGAAAGCCAGUUGCAGUAACUCACUCUAGAGGAAAAGGGGCCAGUGUUGACCCCGAGUCUGAUCUUGGCUUCGAGAAACGUGAGUGGGCAAAAAAGGGCAAGGGAGGAAAAUCAGUGCAAAAGGACAACUCUUCACAUAGGGACUCUUUAAUUAGAGUUUCAGGUGAGCUUGGAUUUCCCGAUCUGUCUGACUCAGACUCCAAUGAGGAAGAAGUGGAACCAGACUUUGCCAUGGCAACAGACACCUUCCAUUCCAUGGCGGAGAUAGCAUCUUGUAGUUACGAAGCACGACAGGCUGGGGUGAAGAAUGGAAUGUUCAUGGGAAAGGCACGCCAGCUCUGUCCAAACCUUAUGACCAUUCCUUACGAUUUUGUUGGCUACAACCAAGUGUCUAGGAUUCUCUACGAUACUGUUGCUAGCUACACACAUGAUAUUGAGGCUGUGAGCUGUGACGAGAUGUUGGUGGAUUGUACAGACCUUCUGGCUGACACCGGUGCCACACCACUUGAGUUUGCCUCAAUGUUGAGAGAUGAAAUAUUUGAGAAAACAGGCUGCCAUGCUUCUGCUGGGCUCGCCUCCAACAUUCUGCUUGCUAAAAUGGCCACAAGAAAGGCCAAACCCAAUGGUCAGUUUCACCUGACAGUGGACCUGGUGUCAGCAUACAUAAAAUCACAGUCUGUCAAGGAUAUACCUGGCAUAGGUUGGUCACUAACUAAAAGAUUUGAGGCAAUGAAAGUUACAACAUGUGGGGAUCUUCAGAGAUUGAGUCUGGAUACUCUUCAAAAGGAGUUGGGUCCCAAAACUGGCCAAUCACUGUACAGAUACUGCAGAGGUCAGGAUGAUCGACCAAUCAAAAUUGAACAGCAGAGAAAAUCGGUAUCAGCUGAGGUCAACUAUGGAAUACGAUUCACUACAAAUCGAGAGGCCGACCAGUUUUUGCAAGAGCUCUCAGAAGAAGUGUGUCGAAGACUAACCUCGAUCCACAUGAAGGGGAAAACCAUUACGUUGAAGCUAAUGGUUCGCAGACAGGAUGCACCUAAACAAACCUCCAAGUUCAUGGGUCAUGGGAUAUGUAAUAACUUCUCCAAAUCUGUCACGUUGCCGAUGGCGACGGAUGAGGCUCGUAUUGUGGGAAGGGAGACAAUUUUGCUUCUGAAACAACACAAAGUUGCACCUGACGACCUUAGAGGGAUUGGCAUACAGAUCCAAAAGCUAGAACCAGCCACUAUUGGAUUAGCCGGCAAGUCUUCUAGAUCAACCAGUAUUCUUAACUUCACCGUCAACAGAUCAGUCCAGGCAGAUAAACCAUCUCCUUUGAUCUCACAUAAAUCCCCAGAGAAAGUUUUUCCUUCUGGUUUGGCUAGAUCUUCUAUUGGAGGAGGAAAAACAAGCAUGAACGCUUCAUCGUCAGGAUUAGCUACAUCUCCUAUAAAUAGAAAUGCAAGCACAAGCCCUUCAGCAUCAGGAUUAGCUAGAUCUCCUAUAAACAGAAACACAAACACAAGCCCUUCAGCCUCAGGAUUAGCUAGAUCUCCUAUAAAUAGAAACCCAAGCACUUCAGCCUCAGGAUUAGCUAGAUCUCCUAUAAAUAGAAACGCAAGCACUUCAGCAUCAGGAUUAGCUAGAACACCUUCGUCAGGACUAGCUAAAUCACCCAUAAAAAGAAGCACAAGCACUUCAUCAUCAGGAUUGGCUAAAUCACCUUUAAAUAGAAACACAAGCGCUUCAUCAUCAGGAUUGGCUAAAUCACCUUUAAAUAGAAACACAAGCGCUUCAUCAUCAGGAUUGGCUAAAUCACCUAUAAAUAGAAACACAAGCGCUUCAUCAUCAGGAUUGGCUAAAUCACCUAUAAAUAGAAACACAAGCGCUUCAUCAUCAGGAUUAGCUAGAUCUCUUAUAAAUAGAAACACAAGCAGUGAUAGGUCGUAUGUUAGUCCAAGGGUACCUGUACAGUUAAAACAUUUAGAUAAAGAUAUUGGAGGAAUUUCAGACACUGUUAUUGAUAUAACAAAUGACGAUGAUGAGGUUUUAUAUGUUGAAAACUUUGGAGAUCUGGCCAGGAGUGGUGGUGAGGCUGAAGGUAACAAGGAGAAUCUUUCAACGCAUGAAGAAAUUGAGCUACCCCAGUCUCAAGGAUUUGCAUGGAUGCCCCAAGAACAAAGAAACACCAUACUAGAUGAUAUUGGGCAACGACAAAAAAUCAGCAAUGAGUUACCUCCCCUCCCAUGUUUGCCAGAGAUUCUCUCCCCUGAAUCUGGCUCAAAACAGGCAAGGGCGGUAACUCCCAGUUCUGGCAGAAUAAGACAGGCGGAUGAUGUGGAUUACUUCCCCUCACCCUCCCAGGUGGACAUCGAUGUGCUCAGUGAGUUGCCAGAGGAUAUAAGACUUCAGAUUGAGCAAGAAAUGGCAAAUAGGCAGAAGAAGAAGCUUGAAAAAAGAACAUUACGUAGUUCACAAAGUCAAGAGUCAGAGGCUACUUUUCAGCAAAUUGAAAUGGGAGAAAACUCUGGAACCAGGGGAAGUAAUUCUGGUGAAAGGAGGGGAAAUUCAGCUACUAUCAGGGGAGAUAAUGCUAGUCCGAAUGGAGCUAGUAGUUCUGUUGAGAUUAGGGGAGACAACUUGGGACAAAGAGGGAGGUCACAUUCAGGGGAUGCUAUUGUAGCGCUGCCCUCACCAUCACAGCUGGAUCCUACAUGCCUAGAGGCCCUGCCAGAAUUUCUACAAGCAGAAUUAAAGGAAGCAUAUUCCAGACAGGCUACAAAUGGCAGAUCCAGUGCAAGGGGAGGCAACUUCCUCAAUCUUAGACAGGCUUCACCUACCACUUCCCCAAAUAAGAGGUCUCCCAGCAAGAGAUCUCCAGGGAAGCGGAGUCCCCAGUUUAAGGUCCCCAGGGGUCGACCAGGGGGACGCGGUAGACCAAGAGGCAGCACAUCAAAGAAAACGCUGUUUAAGGGCAGCGCUAGAAAUGUACAGAAAGAAGAUGUCUCCAAAAGCAACAGAGAACACCAACAGUGCAGUACAUCCAACCUGCCUGCCUUAGAGUUUGUAGACACACAUCACUAUGUGGACCUUAUAGAUGACGGUCCGUCAACUAGCAAAGAAAUUGCUAUUGAUAAAAGCUAUCAAAAUAUGGCUGUGCAAGAUACAAGAGAAACAAGUUCUUUAAGUAAUGCAUCAUCAGAGAAAGUAGCUGGAACUCAGGAAGAAACUAAGGCAGUCAACUUGUGUGGGGCCGUGACAAUAGCGGAUGUUAGAUUACUUUUGAAGGAGUGGAUAGAUUCCACCCCAAAUCCACAGUGUGAGGAUGAAACAGUACUGGCCAGUUAUUUGCAUGAUCUUAUACUGGAAAGAAACCUGGAACAGGUCGAUUUGGUGCUCAAAUACAUGCUAAGGAACAUCCGGAAACUUGAGAGCCCAGACUGGAUGUCGUCUUUGAGAAGAAUUCUUCAUCAAACACAGGCCCUGACCAUACAGAUGUAUGGAAGCAGACUGGUUUCCAUUGUGGUGUGAUCAAUUCAAGACUGGUUUGUCAUUCUCUAUGUCAGACUGCUUUAUCAUUAGAUGUGAUAUGAUUGGUUACAGACUGGUUUCAAUUGUGGUGUGAUCAAUUCAGGACUGGUUUGUCAUUUAAUGUCAGAAUGUUUGGUCAUGUGAUGUGAUGUGAUUGGUUACAGACUGGUUGCCAUUAGUGAUUUUCUGCAACCAUAUACUUCCCAAGUUUACUACACAGUUUGUGAUCUACACAAUUAGCCCACCAUAAGAAGAGGUUUGUCCUAUCUUUUAAUGAAUAUCACUUUUGAUUAACUCCAAACUUACAGUCCACGAGUUAUGUAUGAUUUAUACUGUUUUUUUCCAUGGGAUGGGUGUAAGAUGUACAAAGACUCAAAGUUUUGAUAACAUGUUUACUGUGUGAAGUCUGAUUAACAAGUGCUGUUAUAGCUAUAACAUCAGUUUAUAAUAAACAAUACAUGCAAUAGAGUUUAUGAUUAAAGGGAAGUAAUGCAAUUUAACUCAUUGUCUAUCAUGAAUUAAAUUGAAGGAAGCAAUUUUAAUGGAUAAACCUUAACUGGCUAUAAAUCUGAUAUAGUAAUUAGCUUUUGCUGCUGAAUUAUUUAUGGGUACAUAAUUAAAAUACACUGUGGUCUCUUUAAUAGCUGUAUCUUUUCCAUUUGUAGACCUUGAGUACCUAAGGGAUAUUCCAUUUAAACAUUUAACCCCCCUAUGGGGAAGGCACUUUUAAACUAUACCUCCACUCCACUACAGUAGCAAAUUUGUUAAUAUAUACAAACAUACUUCUUACAAGAUAAUGUAAGAAAUGAACUUAAAAAUAUACAUUUACUAUAAAGAAAAUAAUGCAAAGGUAAAUGAGGGGAGUCGUGAAUAUUCAAUUGAAUAUUGCCAUUGGUUCUUUUUUUUCAAACAAUAUUGCCUUAAAAUCAUGGUGGCUGUGGUAUAUUCUAAAGCAUUCAGGCAUACACGAUGCCACUUGGUAGUCAGGACACAAGUAUGCAAUCUGUUUUCUCUUGCUUCCUUCCCGAUUUUCCGGUUUGACGUUGCAGGCGACACAGUCUUGGCAUGGCUUGGCAUGUUUAGCCCCUUGCUUCGCAGGGAUGAAUGCAGGGAAGUGCCUUGCUGUCAGUCUAGCAGGCUUUUCCCAAGAAUAGGUCUUUUCAGUUUGGCCACGUGGUCCACUGCCUUCGAUGAUGAGUGUUUCAACAACAGACUUAUGGAAACCCUCGUGGUUUUUCUUUGGUCUGUUUGUCGUGUACUUCUCGUACAACCUGUACGAAUUCACUAUACAAAUGUUCAUUAUGUGGAAGAACAGCUUCCUCCACCACUUCUUUGUUUUCCUGGCAAUGGUGCUAUAUUGCCCAAACUGAUCCAGAUGGUCUACACCUUCCAUGUACCGACAAUAGUCAAUGAUGCAGGUUGGCUUUUGGACAUGGAUGUCAGUGCCAUGCUUCCUUUUCCACACACUCAUGUUGGCAUCCUGUAUAGUUGUCAACAUGCUUACGUCAUGCUUGUUUUUGAAUUUCAACGCCAACAUAUUGUCAUUUGACCGAAAACCAAGCCCAGCUCCUACUACAGUAGUCAUCUGCUGCUUCUUACUGGAACUGUCUGCUGAAAAAUACAGGAAGAAUAAAGGUCAUUUUUCCAUCCCAAAUACAUCAGUUCAUAACUUUUCUGAGCAAAGCAAACUGCAGUCAUUGUUCUACUUAUUCAUUUCUUUAUAUUUACAAUUUCAUUUGAUAUCACCUCUCAAAAUAAUAAUCAAAGCUGAAAGUACAGGACUGAAUAUAAUCAGAUAAGGCGUUUUAAUUGACAAUCCAUAACAAAAUAAUUUUACUUGCCUUUUUCUUCUUUUCUUUAAUGGCAACAAUCUCAUUUCCUUCUGGGAACAUGCUGGCAUAUUUGAUCAAUGUCAUUUUGAACAGGAACAGAUGGUCGGAAGGGGAUAGCUUAUCCUGCUUCAGUUUGUUUAUCAACCAUCCAAAGUAUCCCGGUGUGUUUUCCAAAAGCCAGCGGUAUGUUUCUCCUCUGCAAAACAAAUAUUGACAAAAUCAUAUGGAGGAAAGAAGUGUGAAGAAAGAAAAUCUAGUGCCACAGCCACAAGUGAAAAUGUGAAAAAUCUGCACAAAUGUUUGAAACACAAAACAGAUGUAAAUAAUUUGGACAAAGUCGGUGAAAAGGAACAAUCUUUUAGCUUUCAUGGAACGGCAAGCUGGGCUAUUUGCAGCUUUUAAAGGUUUUGCUAAAAGUUAAAGGGAAACUUUUUAAGUCCAUUAAAAUAGUAACUGAUACGCGAGAUGAUCACUAUCCUUCAAAUGUAACAUUUGACUGUCAACUGUGGCCUUGAUAUCAAUAUUGAAGUCAUAACUUUUACUUCCUGGAAUUUGUCUUUUGAUCCAAAAGAAAAGUCAAGUAAAUAGAUUUAACUUGUACAAGGUUAAGUCUGUCUCCGUUAUUACAUUUACUACAUGAUACAAUGAUAUCAAUCCACCUAUUAACGAAAAGGAAAUAUCUGCAGAUAUACACUGGUACUUAUUUACCUGUGAUUCAACUAUAUUGACAUAUCUUACCUGAACGAACCCCACUGCAUACGUAGAAAGCCCAUCCAUUGUUUUGGCUGGUUAUCAUCCCCACCCGCCUCCCUGCAUUGACAACGAGCAGCAAUCUUUACCUCUUCAUAUUUUUCGGGUUUCGCCCACUCCCGCUUCUCUGACUUAACCAGCCUAGCUAAUCUAGUAUCUGUCAGAAUGACACUUCCCUUAGCAUCCCUCCGGAUAGUUGGGAACAUGAUAACACUAAAACCAAAUAUACAUAUAACGUUACUUCCAGUUGUAGUUUAUACCAUAUAUAUAUAUAAAUUGUUCAUGUUUGUUCUGUUUUAUCAACACUAGCUCAGAGUGAGGGCUUGUAAACUCAAGACUUCUGACCAUAGCAGUCUUCAUGCUUAACCAAAGCUCGGCAGCUAGGAUCUCAUACCAAAUAUUGAUUAUAUUGGAUAAUAUAUGUUUAUUUUUAAAUAGUAACCUUUAAAUCUUAAGAUUUCAAAUGACCUUAUUAAAUUGAUGAAGAUUUACAAACUACUUUAAAAUAUCCUACAUUAAUAUUAUAUGAUAUUCAUUAGUUUCAUACCUCUGUUGAAUGUUAUAUGAGCGUCUUUUCUAUCUUGCUGGGCUCGACAGAAGUGAUCUUAAAAACCUCACAAAUAUCCGAAAGGUAAACACGCAGGUCAUUACAUUAUAAUAAUUGUCUGUAGGGGUUUUGUCAUUAGGUCUAGUACCACAACUGUCAAACGGCACACUGAACCUUUUUGAACCAUUGUGCAUAUGAAGGCACACAUCACGCCAAUGUCUAACAAGGGAUGAGCGUUAUUGUCCCUCAUCCUUUCCUCAAGACCAUUCUUACAGCUCCUCGUUACUGCACAGGAAUCCAUUAGUAUUGAGACUAAAUUCUCCCAUGGAAUGUCAUUUGUUUCAAACAAGUUCUCAAUAGCAAGAAUAAACUCUCUGAAUCUACUUUCACCACUUCUAUAGAGGUUAAUUGUUCAAGAAUAACGUUCUCUUCAUCAUAGUCAUAAUAGUUACAAGAUAUUGUAAGGACAUGCUGGUUGUUGUUAGCGGUGGCCUCAUCCAAGUUAAGUGAGAAAGGAGUCUUCUUAAGUUUAUCGACAAUCCUUCUUGAGACAAAAUUGUCCCAUGGAAUUUCAUUUGUUUCGAACAAGUUCUCUAUAGCUAGAUUCAAACUUUCUUAAUCAACUUUCACCACUUCUAUAGAGGUUAACUGUUCAAGAAUAAUCUUGUCUUCAUCGUGGUCAAGAUAAUUACAUAAGAUUGUAAAAAUCAUGUUUGUUGUUAGCUGUGGCCUCAUCCAAGUUUAUUGAAAAAGAAGUUUUCAUUAGUUUUUCCACAGUUCUUUCAUCAUCGUUUCAAUGGACCAAUUCAUAAACCAACUUGUAGGAGGCAGGUGUCUGAUCUAUGUCAAGUGUCUGUAACACAUUUGGAUCAUUAUCUAGUUCUUUCACCAAAUUGAUCAGGACUGAUGCCAUUGAUAAUGAGUUUUUUCUAUGCUUUAACUCCAAUAAUCAUUGUCUACAAAAAAAUAAUGAAAUAAAUUUAAGUAACAGAAAAAGCUGAAAUAUGCAAACAUUAUACAAUAAAAUUUCAUGAAAAAAAAACCUGAGGGUGAAUGCGAAAAGGAUCUAAGUGCCAUUAGAUAAAGAGGAUAGAUCCUUUUCGCUUUCACCCCUCGCCCUGGAAAGUUUCAUCAACAGGAUUUUGCCAGAUUGUGUAUAUAAUAAUGCCAAAUAUAUAAAAUAAAAUGCUAAAUCUGUUAUCAAAAAUUGGAAAUUGCUCUGCCAAAGAAUAAGGGGAUAGGAAAGUAUUUCUUUCGCCCGCCAGGAGGUGAAUAUCACCAAAGUAAUAAAAACCUAUCUAUAUAUAUAUUUUUGUGAGCAUGUCAUUAAGAAUAUAGAGACUAAAUCAAACUUCAUAAAUUUCCUCUGCACAUUUGCAAUUCUGUCUUCAAGUGAUAUUACACGAGCUGGCGUUUCAGAUUCUCUAGGUUACAUGACACUUUCUUGAACAUUCGAUGGAUGCCAUAGUUGCUAUUUAUAUCCAUUAUUUCCCAGUGAAAGAUGUUGGCAAUUUUUCAUUUGUUUUUAUUGUCUUUACUGGUUUCGUGUAAUCAACAGAUGAACAGUAUUCAGCAAGUGCAAUUUCAACCUGUGAUCCGUAUGGUAAGUGAUGAAGGGAUCACAAACCACAUACUCAGCUGUUCGGUCCAUUUCCAACUUGCAGUCGCAAGAUGACAUAUAUUGCUCCCAUUCACCAAUGUUUCUAGCCAAUCUUACUUUGAAUUUAUUUCUACUUUUAGAAUCAGCCUUUCUGCAGUAAUGACUGAUGGGCAGCCCAUGCAUUUUGAAGUGGCACUGGAGGUGGUACAUUUUCACAUAUGAUAUUUGGUUUUGCUGCAUUUUUUAAUUAACAGGACUAGCUGUAAACGCUGGUAACAUUUGGUCACACUGUGAGGUCGUCUCAUUUCUUCCAUUUCCAUUUACUAACUCCGAAAUAAUGACAAACAACCACAUUCAAUUACUAAUUUGUAUUUAGCGCUCGGGCAACCGACUGAUAUGUACAUGUAACAAACAUAUUUAUCAUAUAUAUUUCAUAUUAACACUGUAUGUAUUUUAUAAUACUUUAACAUGAAAACACAUCAUAUCAUUUACUUUCUAUACCUUCGUUUUCUCGUGUUCAUCGGCUGCCCAAAGCUGAAUGAGCCUAAACUGAGACUUGCAUGAAAACCACGUGCAUCUAUCUAACUUGAGACACCUGACAGAGAUAUUCAUGGAUACAAAGGGAAAUCAAUUUUCUACUAAUUCAUUGCAUUCAAACUUAGAAAAUUACAUUAUCCUGGGGUGAGGGUAUUGCCAACAAUGUUUUCAGUGUGGCUCACUACAUCAAACUAAUGAUGUAUAUAUCUAGCACCAAUCGUCCCGUCUGUAAAGCCGCAGUUUCAGGAGCUGCCUAUGUAGAUUGAAGUCCUAUAUUUCCAGCCAUUUCUGCUUUUUUUUAUUUUUGGCAUUAAUUGUUUUGCCACUUCUUUUUUCAUUUUUGGUAUGAUUGUUUUUUGGAUUGAGCUGAUCAUCUUGGAUUUCACUGGCACUCAGUCUCCCUGUUUUGACCUUACUCUCUUUAAUCCUGACUUGAUACCGCGCUUAACAUUAAAGAAUUAAAGCAUCCUGUAGGCCAUUGGAGGGAGAAUUCCCUUUCAGAACCACAUUGUAUGCUUGUGUCACAUAUGGAAGCAGAGUGUUCUUUAUCUUCUGAAAUGCAAAAUUAACCAUAUUUAUGAAUUAAAUCAAUUGAUCAAUAAUGAUCAAAUUUGAGAAUUUGCUAAUGUAAAUGACUGGAUGGAAUUUGUGCUUUCAUCUUAAAUUGUUUCGGUGGAUUAACAAAAUAAUGGAAAAUCCUAAAAAAAUCCAUAGUUUUGGGCAACUUGACCCUUACUAAGCUAACCACCCUUUGGGCAACCCCACCUUACUAAGCUACAAAUAUUAAAACAUGUCUGAGAAACCAGUAACUCUAUAGUGUCAUAUGACUGGUCAGGUGACAGAUACAGAUAUCAUACACAUGUAGCAGUAAACAAUAAUCAAAGCGCAGAAUGCGCAGAAAGACUAUAUGCGGCAAGGACUCAAGCGUUUGUAUCUAGGGCAACACAGACCUAAACUGGCUGAUUGUUUUGUGCAGGGGUGAAGAAGAAGGACAAGUAGGAACUCAUUAACAAAAAUUUAUUUCAAAAAUGAAGCAGAUAACAUAGGUGAAACGUGAUAGGAAUUUAAGAUGUAUGCUUCUUUGUUGAAUGUGUUUGUAGUGUAAAGGUAAGUGUUCGAAGAUGUGAAUAUGGAACGGGAACAUAUUAAUUUACAUGAAGCUGAUAAGAUACAAAUGAACACAGCAUAUUGAAACAGGACAUAUUGUCUUGGACCUUUUUCUCUUUUAUCCUGACUUGAUACCGCGCUUAAUAUUAAAGGAAUAAAGUUCUUCGGGAGCAUCCUGUAGGCCAUUUGACAGAGAAUUCCCUUCAGAACCGCAUUGUAUGCUUGUGUCGCAUAUGAAAGCUAGAAUGUUCUCAUCUUCUCAAAAUUAACGACACAUUUAUCAAUUGAUUGAACUGAUCAAAUAUUAUCAAAUUUGAGAAAGUUCCAUAACUGCUAAUGACUGGAUUGCAAUGUGUACUUUCAUCCUAAAUGAAAACUGUUUUGGAGGUUUGACAUAUAUGACAAAUUAAUGGAAAAUGCUAAAAAAGGGGUUCUUCAGUUCAUGUUAUAGUAUGGUCAAACGUAUAAUUCAGGCUUUCAAGCGGGCCCUUCUUUUCCUACUUUUCCCUACUUUUUUGUUAGGCUGCUACUUUUCCCCACUUUUUCUUGAAAAAGCCCUACUAUCCCUACUUUUUUGUAAAAAAAAUUUUCGAGAAAUAAUGGAAAAGUUUAAACUAAAUGCAUUAUUUGAAAUUAUCUAAAUUUUGAUUUUAAUAAGAAGACAUUUCUAGUAUUUUGUAGGAUUAGCUUGAUGCAGUAGGUCUCCAGUGCUGCAAGAGGUGUUCAUGAUGAGAAAGAGUGGUGCAUGUUGGCAAGUCAAAGACACCCAUUUCAGGUUCAUCUUCUCAUCCUGUGGCUAAAUACCUCUUGAAGCACUGAUUUCUAAGCAAAGAUAAAUACAUGUACAUUACAGUUGAUGAAUAGGUUUAGUAGUCAUUUAUUUGCAUCCGAAAAGGAAAGUAAAGAGCCCUACUAUCCCUACUUUUUGCUCUUAAAUCACUAUUUUACCCUACUUUUUCCAAAAAAUCCUCCUACUUUUAUCCCUACUUUUUUGUUAAUGGUCACUUGAAAGCCUGUAUAAACAUAAGAUAUAUUUAAAUACAACACAAGACAAAUUGUCAAAAGACAUAAUACAGGGAACUAUACAAUAGCCACGCCUGUGUAAUGGAACAAAAUAGAAAGAAAUAAUGUCAAACUUUGCAGUUUGAUGUCCAAGUUUUUAAAAGAAUGGUUAAAGGAAAAUAGAAAGUUAGUCUGGUGCGGUGAUGAUAUAAAUAUCGACCAAUGAAGUUGUAAGUUAAAUAUAUAAAACCAGUUUAAAACAUCACCCGAUACAAAACAUUGUACAUUCAUGAAGAUUACAUGGACUUAACGAAUGACAAUUACAUGGACAGCACAAGUGACAUAACAAAACGGACUGCUGGGGUGAAGUUGACCUGUCUACAUCUAAAAGUAGCAUUAAAUGAAUUAUAUUGAAAACUAAUAAAAACAUGAUUUAAGUUCAUUUUAAUUGACAAAUUAAAGAUUGAAUUACAUUUAUUCUUUUUGAUUGUCUUUGCAGCUAGCCUUAUCAGUACACAAAAUAUUUUAAUAUGUCUAUCAAAAGGUCCGUACCUAAAAUCCUCUUUCUCAAUUUCAGAGCAGUAUUUUUACGCCUUCAGGACAUAUUUCAAAGUAAGAUACUCUAUGUUCCAACCUGUGUGCUGGUAUAUUUACUGUAAAUUAUAUUUCCCAUCACAUUGAAUGUUUAUUCCCUUACUUGGCCAUGGAAUUUGGUCAGUGCAGCAGAGUAGCCUUCCCAUUGGAUAACAAUUUAGUUCAAUAUUAACUUUGUAUUUCUUUUAUUGGUUUAAUAGCAGAUGUUAAAAGUAUGUCUUUUUUUAACAUAUACUCCUUGUAUUUUUGCAGCAAAUCAAUGCAUUCAAUCACUCUACAUGCUAAUAAAAAAGAACAACUGCAAAAUAUUACACUUGUUUUGUUUGUCUUAUUUAUUAAUGAAACAUUUUAAAAACAUUACCAUGUAAAAACAUUCAUUUUGCAAAAUAUUAAACAUACACUACUUGACAACUGUACAAUAUCAGUUAGUACAAUGUGGUCCAUGUUAUACAAUAACUCCAGUAUCUCUCUCAUAUGAACAAAAUGUGUUUAACAAAAACAGCAAGUUAAAAAGCAGCACUGAUUUGCUAGACAACUAGGGAUUGAAUCUGAAUACUAUAAAAAAAUAUUA